AUGAUAGUGCGGAUCAUUCUGUCUUGGUAUCCCCAGACGGCCCUCACCAACCCGCCGUGGAUCUAUAUUGCCGUCCCGAAUGAGCUGCUGCUUAGCGUGACCAGAAAGGUCAUUCUGCUAGUGGAGAUAGUCGACAUUUCCCCCAUCGUAUGGUUCAUGAUCAUGAGCUCUGUCCACGAGAUCCUCGUCGGACCGCAGGGGUUGCUCGUUUUGCUCAGCCGGAAGUGA